AUGUUCCUAGUGAUCGGCGAAUCACUACAGGAAAUAGAAGUACUCGCAACGGAGGCGAUAGAUGUUGUGGAAGACUGGAUGCGCGAGAAGAAGUUGACGUUACCUCACAACAAAACCGAGAUAGUUUUGAUAAGCAACCGAAAGGCAAGAAUUCCGGCCGGAGAGUGUUUCAUCAACUCAAAGUGGGAAGUUAGACAACUGGGAGUGAUGAUAGACGACUGGCUAAGCUUCAGUAGCCACAUCGACUACGCAUGUGGGAGGGCCGUAAAAGUUAUCUCAGCACUACUUUGUAUCCUGCCCAACAAUGCGGCGAUCAGCAACAGUAAAAAGCGACUACUGGUGAGUGUCUUCACAUCGGUGCUCAGAUACGCAGGACUUGCUUGGGUGAUGGCAAUGCGGACGAAGAGAAACACAUUUCAGCUGAACAGUCUUAAGUUCGAUGUCCAUGCGGGUGUCUAG